ACAACGACGACGACGACGACGACGACGACGACGACGACGACGAGUCGGUAGCGAGAGGGUUGAAAACGGCGCGUUGUACAAAGAUCGAGGGAGCGCGAAGGGUGGAUCGAAUCGAUCGAUCGAGUCCGUGUUGCAGGUCUGAUAUUCGUCAUCCAGAACGCAUCAUAUUGAUCGGCCGCCACGUCGGAAGCAGGGAAAAAGCACCAUGCAGGAUUGCAAAAUGGGAGAAAUAUUCUUAAUUGGUUUAUGGAUUAGCCUAUUAGUGUCAUGCACAAAUAGUAUUCGUGGGCCGCAUCAUCCUAAAAGUACUCUUUCCCAUCAUCAUUAUACGCCGCGAAACAAAGUCAAAUUAACAGAGGAUUCCGAGCUCCUUCAUGAUGUCACACACUUGAAAGAAGACCUGGGUCCGUUGGCCAAUCAACUUGACUUUUCAAAAAUGACUGACCAAGAAAUAGAGUUUCACUAUUUUAAAGUCCAUGAUUUCGACAAUAAUAUAAAGUUAGACGGCUUAGAGAUUCUUCAUGCUGUACAACAUACCUUACACGAGAAGGAACUUGAAGACGAUGACGAUAAUAAGAAAGAUAAGCACGACUUGCCGUCGAUCGUAGGCCUGAUAGACAGAGCGUUGGACCAAGACGAUGUGAAUAACGAUGGAUAUUUGGAGUACGUCGAAUAUGUAAUAGGCAAAAAAAGGAAUCAAAAUGCGCAAGAGAAACGCAGCAAAUUCGAAAUCGGAAUAAAAUAAAAAUUUCCAUUAACUGAAAUACAAAUAAAACUUACAUUACGUAUUAUCAUUGUAAAUGUAUGUUCACGCGUACACACAUCAUUCAGUCGGCAUAUAAGUAAAAUUUAUAUUAUAUAUGUACAUUAUGUAUACGUGUAUAUGUACGUACAUACACGCACGUACAUACACGCAUAGAUAAGGAACUUUAUGCAUAUAUAUAUCAAAUUUUAUUAUUUUUGAUGUCUUAUUUGCAGUAUAUACUAAAAUAUUGUUUGUCGAAUGUAAAUGAAAAGAGCAACGAACACGCAACGUAUUCUUAGACAAUAGAUUCAAAUAGAUAGAUUUAGCCUACA